CAUGUCGAUCGUCCUUCUCAUGGUGGCGAAAAUUGGAAGCUCCGUCCCACAAAUUAGCGUUGCCAGAGUUCGUACAAUUGUACCAAUUUGAAACAAAUAACAACCAAACUUGUGAUACUAAAGUAUCUAAAGUAAAAAUCUAAAAUUUUGUGAUAUAAGAAAUUUGCUUCAAAUAACAUUAAAUGACGUUUUUUUAAGUUUUUGUACAAAAUGUGUUGGUUUAGUACAUUUUGUGUCAAUAUUCCAGUGCAUGAGUGAAUUUAUAAAAAUUUCUCUGGCAACACCGUCACCUGCCGUGUACUGCUGGCUUCUGGCUUAUCAAAAUAUUCCGUUAAUUUUUUUAAAAUGCCACAUCACGGUUCUUGUGUCGUUUUUGACUGUCAUUUUACAUGGAGAAACAGUGGAAUGAAAUUCUUUCGCUUUCCUACAUCCAAAUAUAGGCAGGAUCAAAGAAAAAAAUGGAUUAAUGCUAUUCGAAGACAAAAAUGGAUCAAACUGGACUCCAAAAGAUAGUGAUAAAAUAUGUGGUGCACAUUUUAUUGGAAAUAAGAUAUCAAAAGAUCCUUCUCAUCCCAGUUAUGUACCGACAAUAUUUCCAAAAAUUUACAAACCAAAGAUAAUUAAUCCGGAUGCUACUUUAAACAGAAUAUAAAGGCCAUAAAAUUUGGAAAAGAACAAAGAAGAGUCCAAAUCAUUGGUUAAUGAUAUGUUUUAUAGGGACUAUAUCAUAUAUUUUAAUGAAAGAAAAAAAAUGAGUACUGAACACAAAGCACAAUUAUUACAACCAAAUUCAAGGCAACUUAUAAUUAAUAAAAAGGAAGGUGUGCCACCUAGUGAUCUGGAUGCCUUCAGAAUCGAUCAUAUAUGAUGUCGGUAUUGAAGAAUGCUGGGAACACAAUAUAAAAUUAUUAAAAACAUUUUAUUUGAAUAAAUAAGUAUAUACCAUUUUUAUGUGGAAAUAAAGCACUUUACAAUUA